AUGAAAAAACUGGAAAGGCUUGAGAUGAUCGAAAGGAAGAUAGACAGAAUGGAAUCGAGAAUGACGGCCAGCGAAAAGAAAGCUAGUGAACUCGAAAGAUCGGUGAAAUUUGUCUCGGAGAUGAUUUCGAGAAAAGAAAUGUGGAUACUCAGAAUUCAGUGCGCACUGUGUCUAGAGAGCAGUGGUCUUGCCGAAAAUCCAGAGGAAAAUCCAGAAGCUUUAUUGAGAGAAUUUAUUGCGGUGGAACUUGGUAUAGAACAGUACAUAGAAUUUGGAAAUGUCCAUCGUUUUGGUAGAAUCGUUGGUGGGAAGAGUAGACCUAUCGUAGCACGCUUCAUAUACAACAAGGAGCGUGAAGGGGUAUUGCGAUGUGCGCGUAGGCUGAAGGGUUCAACUUUUUACAUAAAUGAACAAUUUCCUACGGAAAUCCAGCAGCGUCGCAGGGAACUUGGUCCAACAGUCAGAGACCUGCGGGGCAAAGGCAAAAAUGUGCGGUUAGUGCGGGACAAGCUUAUUGUGGAUGGGAGGCUGUAUGAUGGUCCGAUUAUCAAACAAAGCUCGGUGAAGGAGCGACGAUCGCCAACCUCUGUUGACACCAAUUCAGGCAAUAGUGUUCCUUCGUACAGUGCUGUGACUCGGGUAAACACGUCCGCUACAUCACCUAACGGUGCGCGCGGCCACAACUCGCGCACCGGAAACCCUCAUUCAACGGCGAGUUCCCGCCAUGAUGGUCACUAG